AUGGCGUUCACAGCCCUGCUUUGGCCCCCUGAAUGCAGGUGGAGCUCGGAUGUCACCGAGGAGGGGGGGCCUCCCUGGGGGGCUGGGAGCCUCAUGCCGCGGACGCUGGAGAGCCAGAUCACACUGGAGAAGACACCCAGCUACUUCGUCACGCAGGAGGCCCCCCGGCGCAUCUUCAACAUGUCCCGGGACACCAAGCUGAUCGUGGUCGUGCGGAACCCGGUGACCCGGGCCAUCUCGGACUACACACAGACGCUCUCCAAGAAGCCAGACAUCCCCACCUUCGAGGGCCUGUCCUUCCGCAACCGCACGCUGGGCCAGGUGGAUGUGUCGUGGAGCGCCAUCCGCAUAGGCAUGUAUGCGCUGCACCUGGAGAGCUGGCUGCGGUACUUCCCUCUGGCUCAGAUCCAUUUCGUCAGCGGCGAGCGGCUCAUCACCGACCCGGCGGGCGAGCUGGGCCGCGUCCAGGACUUCCUGGGCAUCAAGAGGUUCAUCACGGACAAGCACUUCUACUUCAACAAGACCAAAGGAUUCCCUUGCUAGAAAAACAGAAUCGAGCCUCCUGCCUCGGUGCCUGGGCAAAUCGAAAGGCAGAACUCAUGUACAGAUUGA